GAGGGAAGGGGAGGGGGCGUAUAGGGUUCUGUGGCAAGCUGGGACCUGGAACAGGUGGGGAUCCAGGAAGAUGCUGGGAUGUAGACAGGGGGCUAGCGAUGGCAGAAACGGCUGGGAGGGUCGUGAUGCAGGUAUGAGAGGGUAAUCCCGGGAGCAGCCCGGAGGUGAGUGCCUUGAAGGCGUCGGUGUGCUGGGGCGUGAGGAGGAGCUAGGAGCAGCCCAGACGCAGCGGAUGGGCUGGGGUGGCCUCCAGCAGUGCACCGGGGCUGGGGCUUCAGGGGAAAGGCGCUGUUAUGAGGAGGGGAAGUGUGAGCUUGGAUAUUUUCCAAGAAAACUGAGGACAGGUGGGGGAUGAUGUAGGAGCCGCCCCACAGUGCAGAUCCCAAUUUGGACCCCUCCCCAAGACCCCACCCCACGCACCCCCACUCAAGGCUGCUUCCGAGCCUGCGGUUGUCAUGGCAACCCUUGCCCGGCUCUCCCAGGGGCGGUGCCAACCGUGUUCCCCCCCACCACUUCCUCCCCCCCUCCUUGUCCCUCCCUCCUUUGUGUCAGCUGCGCCCCUGACCGGGAUGGCUGCGAAGAGAGGGACCAAGACCAGCAUGAAGAACAUGGAGAAGGAACUGCUGUGCCCAGUGUGUCAAGAGAUGUACAAGCAGCCACUAGUGCUGCCCUGUACCCACAACGUGUGCCAGGCCUGUGCCCGGGAGGUCUUGGGCCAGCAGGGCUACAUAGGACAUGGUGGGGACCCCAGCUCUGAGCCCACCUCUCCUGCCUCCACCCCUUCCACCCGCAGCCCCCGCCUCUCCCGCAGAACUCUCCCCAAGCCAGACCGCCUGGACCGGCUGCUUAAGUCAGGCUUUGGGACGUACCCUGGGAGGAAGCGAGGUGCUUUGCACCCCCAGGUGAUCAUGUUCCCGUGUCCAGCAUGCCAAGGUGAUGUGGAGCUUGGGGAGCGGGGUCUGGCAGGGCUUUUCCGGAACCUGACCCUGGAACGUGUGGUGGAGCGGUACCGCCAGAGUGUGAGUGUGGGAGGCGCCAUCCUGUGCCAGUUGUGCAAGCCCCCACCACUAGAGGCCACCAAGGGCUGUACAGAGUGCCGUGCCACCUUCUGCAAUGAGUGCUUCAAGCUCUUCCACCCCUGGGGCACGCAGAAAGCCCAGCAUGAGCCCACCCUGCCCACCCUCUCCUUCCGCCCCAAGGGUCUUAUGUGCCCAGACCACAAGGAAGAGGUGACCCACUACUGCAAGACAUGCCAACGGCUGGUAUGUCAACUCUGCCGGGUGCGGCGCACCCACAGCGGGCACAAGAUCACACCAGUGCUCAGUGCCUACCAGGCCCUCAAGGACAAGCUGACAAAGAGCCUGACAUACAUCCUGGGAAACCAGGACACAGUACAGACCCAGAUCUGUGAGCUGGAGGAGGCCGUGAGGCACACCGAGGUGAGUGGUCAGCAGGCCAAGGAGGAGGUAUCACAGCUGGUGCGGGGGCUGGGGGCUGUGCUGGAGGAGAAGCGGGCAUCACUGCUUCAGGCCAUUGAAGAAUGCCAGCAGGAGCGGCUGGCCCGUCUCAGCGCCCAGAUCCAGGAGCACCGGAGCCUGCUGGAUGGCUCAGGUCUGGUGGGCUAUGCCCAGGAAGUACUUAAGGAAACAGACCAGCCUUGCUUUGUGCAAGCCGCCAAGCAGCUGCACAACAGGAUUGCCCGAGCUACUGAAGCCCUCCAGACGUUCCGGCCAGCUGCCAGCUCCUCCUUCCGCCAUUGCCAACUCGACGUGGGACGUGAGAUGAAGCUGCUGACAGAGCUUAACUUCCUGCGAGUGCCUGAGGCCCCCGUCAUUGACACCCAGCGCACCUUUGCCUAUGAUCAGAUCUUCCUGUGCUGGCGGCUGCCACCCCACUCACCACCUGCCUGGCACUAUACCAUUGAGUUCCGGCGCACAGAUGUGCCUGCCCAGCCGGGCCCCACCCGCUGGCAGCGGCGGGAGGAGGUGAGGGGCACCAGUGCCCUGCUUGAGAACCCCGACACGGGCUCUGUGUAUGUGUUGCGCGUCCGCGGCUGCAACAAGGCCGGCUACGGCGAGUACAGUGAAGAUGUGCACCUGCACACGCCCCCAGCACCUGUCUUGCACUUCUUCCUCGACGGCCGCUGGGGUGCAAGCCGAGAGCGGCUGGCCAUCAGCAAGGACCAGCGAGCAGUACGGAGUGUUCCAGGGCUGCCCCUGCUGCUGGCUGCUGACCGGCUGCUGACCGGCUGCCACCUGAGUGUGGAUGUGGUCCUGGGCGACGUGGCUGUGACCCAGGGCCGCAGCUACUGGGCCUGCGCCGUAGACCCAGCCUCCUACUUGGUCAAGGUGGGCGUCGGGCUGGAGAGCAAGCUUCAAGAAAGUUUCCAGGGUGCCCCCGAUGUGAUCAGCCCCAGGUACGACCCGGACAGCGGGCACGACAGCGGUGCCGAGGAUGCCACAGUGGAGGCGUCGCCGCCCUUUGCUUUCCUAACCAUUGGCAUGGGGAAGAUCCUGCUGGGGUCGGGGGCAAGCUCAAAUGCAGGGCUGACAGGGAGGGACGGCCCCGCAGCGGGCUGCACAGUGCCCCUGCCACCCCGCCUAGGCAUCUGCCUGGACUACGAGCGGGGCCGGGUUUCCUUCCUGGAUGCUGUGUCCUUCCGUGGGCUCUUGGAGUGCCCCCUGGACUGCUCAGGGCCUGUGUGCCCUGCCUUUUGCUUCAUUGGGGGUGGCGCAGUACAGCUCCAGGAACCAGUGGGCACUAAGCCUGAGAGGAAAGUCACCAUUGGGGGCUUCGCCAAGCUGGACUGAGCCUUCCAGGCCCCCUCAUGCAGACCUGGGGUCCUCCUGGGCCCUGGCCCCCAAACUUCUUGGCGCCGGGUUGUUGCCCCCUGGCAGAUUCUCCCCUAAACUCUCCUACCAUGUGGCCCUGCCCCUUCUCCCGUGUCUGUGUCUUCCCACAGUUUUCUCUUGACCCAGGGGCUCUCUUCUGCCCACCUCUCUGGAUGGCCCCCUUUCUCUCUAUUGCCUGUUAGCCAGGCCCCCACCCCCCCUGAGUCUGCCCUAUGACCUGCCUUUGGCAUGUUACCGAAGCUAUGGAGAAAGCCCCUUCUCCAUCCCUGUCCUGUGCCCCCCAGGCUGAUUGGGCCGGGCACCUGAAACACUGGGCAUGAUCUCCAGCUCUGCCCUUGCCCUGCCAAGCUCCCUGCCCUGUUGAUGCAGAACUACAGCCUUGGGACAGGCAGACUUUGGGGCUGGAAGCUGUCCAGGCACUCCUGGUGACGGGAAGGGGACCCUGUCAUCCUGCUUUAUUUAUUUGGGUCCCGACCCCCCGCAGCUGCAUGCCCCUUAUGUCCCUCUUCUCCCUCUUGCAUGCUUUUACCUGUCCCGCACCCACGCCAACGUGCCAAGUCUCCCGUGAGGACCCAGCUGAGUCUGGGUGUUCCCAUUGGGUUUGGCCAGGCAAGGCCUCCGGUGCCCACUGCCGUCCUCCUGCAGUGGGCUCUGCUAGGCCUGUGCUGAGCAACAGCUGUUAUUGUCAUGGUUUAUAAAUAAUAAACUGUGAUGCCAGGCACAUCUCUGCCUUCCCUGAG